ACUGGCAGCUGGGGUGGUGGGCACUGUGCGAUGGCUGGGGCUGAGGGACUCGUGGCUGAAGUAAGCUGGAAGCUCUUGGAACGACGAGCCCGGGCCAAGCGCUCAGCCUGCAACGCUUAUGAUAAGAAUCAACAGUUUGAAAUGGCCAACUCACCUGAUGCAGCCUUCUCUUCACCUGCUUUGUUAAGGUCUGGCUCAGUUUAUGAACCUCUUAAAAGCAUUAAUCUUCCAAGAGCUGAUAAUGAAACUCUAUGGGAUAAGUUGGAUCAUUAUUACAGAAUUGUCAAGUCAACCAUGCUGAUAUAUCAAAGUCCAACUACAGGUCUCUUUCCUACUAAAACAUGUGGUGGAGACCAGAAGUCCAAAGUGCAUGAGAGUCUGUACUGUGCUGCCGGUGCCUGGGCCUUGGCACUAGCAUACAGGCGCAUUGAUGAUGACAAGGGAAGGACCCAUGAGCUGGAGCACUCGGCCAUAAAGUGUAUGAGAGGAAUUCUCUACUGCUACAUGCGGCAGGCUGAUAAGGUACAGCAGUUUAAGCAAGAUCCCCGGCCCACAACGUGUCUUCACUCUGUUUUCAAUGUGCACACCGGGGAUGAGUUGCUCAGCUAUGAAGAAUAUGGUCAUCUUCAGAUAAAUGCUGUCUCAUUGUUUCUCCUUUACCUGGUGGAAAUGAUUUCCUCGGGUCUCCAGAUAAUCUAUAACACGGAUGAGGUCUCUUUUAUUCAAAACCUUGUGUUUUGUGUAGAGAGAGUUUACCGUGUUCCUGACUUUGGUGUCUGGGAAAGAGGAAGCAAAUAUAAUAAUGGCAGCACAGAACUGCACUCAAGCUCUGUUGGCUUAGCAAAAGCAGCCUUAGAAGCAAUUAAUGGAUUUAAUCUCUUUGGAAACCAGGGCUGUUCUUGGUCAGUUAUAUUUGUGGAUCUCGAUGCUCACAAUCGCAACAGGCAGACGUUGUGUUCACUGUUACCCAGAGAAUCACGCUCUCAUAACACAGAUGCUGCCCUGCUCCCGUGCAUCAGUUACCCUGCGUUUGCCUUGGAUGAUGAAGCUCUGUUCAGCCAGACACUUGAUAAAGUGAUAAGAAAAUUGAAAGGAAAAUAUGGAUUUAAGCGUUUCUUGCGAGAUGGGUACAGGACACCGUUGGAAGAUCCCAACAGACGCCAUUACAAACCAGCAGAGAUUAAGUUGUUUGAUGGCAUUGAAUGUGAAUUUCCCAUAUUCUUCCUUUACAUGAUGAUCGAUGGUGUUUUUAGAGGUAAUCUUGAACAAGUCAAGGAAUAUCAAGACCUAUUGACACCUUUGCUUCACCAGACCACAGAAGGAUAUCCUGUUGUACCAAAGUACUAUUAUGUGCCAGCUGACUUUGUAGAAUAUGAAAAAAGAAACCCUGGUAGUCAGAAGCGGUUUCCAAGUAACUGUGGCCGUGAUGGGAAAUUGUUUCUUUGGGGACAAGCUCUUUAUAUCAUUGCAAAACUCCUAGCUGAUGAGUUAAUCAGUCCUAAAGACAUUGACCCUGUCCAGCGCUUUGUCCCACUUCAAAAUCAACGUAACGUGAGCAUGAGAUACUCUAAUCAGGGCCCACUGGAAAAUGACUUGGUGGUUCAUGUAGCACUUGUAGCAGAAAGCCAACGCCUUCAAGUUUUUCUCAAUACAUAUGGUAUUCAAACUCAGACUCCUCAGCAGGUGGAGCCUAUUCAGAUCUGGCCUCAGCAGGAGCUUGUAAAAGCUUAUUUCCACCUGGGAAUCAAUGAGAAGUUGGGUCUGUCUGGAAGGCCAGAUAGGCCCAUUGGCUGCCUUGGUACAUCAAAGAUUUACCGUAUUCUAGGGAAGACUGUGGUUUGUUACCCUAUCAUCUUUGACCUGAGUGAUUUCUACAUGUCUCAGGACGUUCUGCUGCUCAUCGAUGACAUCAAGAAUGCACUACAGUUCAUUAAGCAAUAUUGGAAAAUGCAUGGACGCCCACUUUUUCUUGUCCUCAUCCGGGAAGACAACAUAAGAGGUAGCAGAUUCAACCCAAUAUUAGACAUGCUGGCAGCCUUUAAAAAGGGAAUAAUUGGAGGAGUCAAAGUUCAUGUUGACCGUUUACAGACAUUGAUCUCUGGAGCUGUAGUAGAACAGCUUGACUUUCUACGAAUUAGUGACACAGAAAAGCUUCCAGAAUUUAAGAGCUUUGAAGAACUAGAAUUUCCCAAGCAUUCAAAAGUCAAACGGCAGAGCAGUACUGCAGAUGCUCCUGAGAUUCGGCAGGAGCCAGACAUCACCAUUACCGAGUGGAAAAACAAAUCCACCCACGAAAUCCUUCAGAAGCUGAAUGACUGUGGUUGUCUGGUUGGUCAAACUAUCCUGCUGGGUAUACUGCUCAAAAGAGAGGGCCCUAACUUCAUCACGAUGGAAGGAACUGUGUCUGAUCACAUUGAAAGAGUGUAUAGAAGAGCUGGCGGCAAAAAGCUUUGGUCGGUUGUACGCCGUGCAGCAAGUCUUUUAAAUAAAGUAGUGGACAGCCUGGCCCCAUCCAUUACUAAUGUUUUAGUGCAGGGCAAACAGGUAACUCUAGGUGCCUUUGGACAUGAAGAGGAGGUCAUCUCUAAUCCACUGUCUCCAAGAGUGAUUAAGAAUAUUAUCUAUUAUAAGUGUAACACCCACGAUGAGAGGGAGGCGGUCAUUCAGCAAGAACUGGUCAUCCAUAUCGGCUGGAUCAUCUCCAACAGCCCCGAGUUGUUCAGUGGCAUGCUGAAAAUACGAAUUGGGUGGAUCAUCCAUGCCAUGGAGUAUGAACUGCAGAUCCGUGGCGGGGAUAAGCCAGCCAUGGACUUGUACCAGCUCUCGCCCAGUGAAGUUAAGCAACUGCUGCUAGACAUUCUCCAGCCUCAACAGAAUGGAAGAUGUUGGUUGAAUAGACGUCAGAUUGAUGGAUCAUUGAAUAGAACACCCCCGGGAUUCUAUGACCGAGUAUGGCAGAUCCUGGAGCGCACCCCUAAUGGUAUCAUUGUAGCUGGGAAGCAUUUGCCACAGCAACCAACUUUGUCAGAUAUGACCAUGUAUGAGAUGAAUUUUUCUCUCCUUGUUGAAGAUAUGUUGGGAAACAUUGACCAGCCGAAAUAUAGACAGAUCAUUGUUGAGUUACUAAUGGUCGUAUCCAUUGUGCUGGAAAGAAACCCUGAGCUGGAAUUUCAAGACAAAGUGGAUCUGGACAGACUGGUCAAAGAAGCUUUUCACGAGUUUCAAAAAGAUGAGAGUCAGCUAAAAGAAAUUGAAAAACAAGACGAUAUGACUUCCUUUUACAACACGCCCCCACUGGGAAAAAGAGGAACCUGCAGCUACUUGACGAAGGUUGUGAUGAACUUGCUGCUGGAGGGAGAAGUCAAGCCCAGCAAUGAGGACUCCUGCCUGGUUAGCUAGUGCGGCUGUGCAGGGAGCAUAGGUGAUUGUUUUCCAGCUGUGCCUUUUGUGUUGAUGUGAACCAGACAGCCAUUAGUGAGUGAACAGGUGUGUUAGUGUGGCGGGUGCUGUAUGCUGUUUGUCACAAUUGGACCUUUGCAUGCCAAUGGCAUUCGAAUGGUAAGCAGUGAUUGAAGUCAAACGGAACCCAUUUCCAUGAUUUGUACCAGCAACUCUAACUUUCACUGAAUCAGAGAAAUAGUUUAUGAAUUGAAAAUUCACAUCUGCAUGUUCUGUGGUCAAAUAUUCCACCAAUUCUGAGUCUCUGCUUCUUUAGACUUCAUUUUUACCUUCCUGCUAUUAAAACAAGCCUAGAAGGGGUGAUGCUUUACUGGGAUUCACAAGGUAUCGGAGGAUGGUGACAGCUGCGCCUCUAUUGUACCACAAAACCAAGACGUGCAACAUACAUCAAAAACAAAAACAAAAACAAAAACAAAAACAAAAAAAAAAAAACAAAACAACAAAAACAAAAUUAACUCCUGGUAUUUAACUUCAGAAGCUGCAUUAUUAAUAAUACUAUGUUGUACAGAACUCUUAGAUGGGUUUUCCCUUGUAAACAUGACUGUAGUUUUAUAGUGAGCUGCAUAUAAGGGUUGGACUAAAAUAUUAUAUAUCAAGCAUUUUCUGAGCAUCUGUUAAAUAUCAGAUUACAGAAGUGUCAGUCAGCAAAGCUGGGAAUUGUGAUACAAUUCAGCCUUAAAAAUAAGACAAAGAAAAGAAGUAGAUUACGUGUCUGAGUGUGUGAAGAGAAGUUACGAAAGGAUGGUCCUGAUGAAGCCAUUUGUAAAACCUAAGCCUGUAAAAAACGUCAUGAAGCCCAUGCAGAAAGAGGAAGUCUGGUGGUAGAUGGGCAGGGAAGAGAAAUUAAAGAACGAGAGGGAGGAAAAGCCCUUGAAAUAUUUAAAACUUGUUAAAAUUCAGAAGAAAAUAAACACUUGUAUCCUUAAGAAUUAAAUUUUUUUAUUAGCUGAGCAAAGUUGCAAGAAAAAUGCUGUCUUAGUUAAAAUAGACAUCACUUGCAAGUCUGUUUUCUGAAUGAGCAGUUAGCUUCCUGUUACAUAUGCAAAGUUUUGGCAUUUUCUUCUGCUGCUUGAAAGAUUUGAAAUCAGCAACUGUGUGUCAGCUUUUUAAAUUGCGAAAUGCAAAAUUUAUUGUUCUGCAAGAUAUUUUGGGAUGAUCAAUAAAUCUUGAUGUUCCUCCAUCAGAAGCAAUGUCUGCUUUCCAAUUAGAAAAACAAAAUAAUCCUAAGAAUCAGAAUACAGAACCCAUGAAAUUUAGAAGUCCCAUUAGAUCUAUGGAGUCCACAUGUUUUAACAGCUGCACUAGAGACUGACUGGAAAUAUUAGCACUCGUACUGAAGCAAGACAAGCCUUAAACCUGAUGGAAAGCCUCCUCCGCCACACUGGCAGGUCCUCUGUGCUACGUUUAUAGUACAAUCCACGGCUGUUGGAAACUCCUGACUGAAUAUCUGCUUUUCCAGAGCACUCUUAGAAGCAUGAUGUUUUCCAGACUUCCUCUCAUUCUAUUUAAGACUUUUAAAAAAAUCAUAUUUCAGCCUUUAAAAAUCAAAAUGUGAGAUCAUCUUGCUGUCAUCUUCAAUGAGCUUGCAAUGCUUUGUGGGUACCAACAAACAUUUGUUGAAUACCUGAAUACAUUCAACUUUCCACCCCAAGUACUAAAUAGAUACCACAUAGAAAUCUAAGAGCCAACACAGGGUGGGGACAGCCCCAGCAGCAGAGACUCAUCCCAACUAUACUAACGAGUCUGGAAGCAGUAUAGUGGUAUACAGCCAGAUAGCAUGAGCCCAUGUCAGAAUCUAAACAUGUGAAUGAGAAGCAAGGGAGGCGGGACUCAUAAAGCAGCAGAAGCCUUCCCAGAAGGGGCCAGGCACCACAUAAACAUAGACAAAGCAGCAAAAGACCUGCAGGAAUUUGUCUGUGGCCCUCAUAUUCUGGCCUCCCAGAAGCUGAGCAGGAAUGAGAACAGGUCCAUGGGUAACAUAAGAAAAAGCCUGAUACAUUUAGAGACUGGGGUGAGCAUGGUGUCAGCUCACUCCAGGAAGGAAGAAUGAAAGGUGUUGUCACAUAGUGAGAGCUCUUCUCGCAGCCUGUGUUCUAGCGCCCACUUACUCCCAAGCAGCAGCCCCUGGGUUGGAAAAAAGCUCUUCUAGUCUGAACCCAACCAUAUGGGCCCCAAAUACACAUUCUUUUGAACAGGUACAACUAACUCAUACUAGGACAAUAGCUCAGAGUAAACUAGGUUUCUGUCCCAGUGACGACCACAGUUUUGCUGCCCAGGAAUCAUGAAACUAUUGAGAGUGGGCAUUUUGACAUUUUAUCUGAGGGGGCAGAUGAGCAAGGGUGACUAUGAACCCUCCAGAGUUGUUGCAUCUGACAGUACACAGACUGAGAAGUGCUUCCUCCCACCGUGUCUGUUACCUGCAGGGUAAGACUUAUGAGCAGAUGUGGUUGGUGAUCACACACUCUCCCUGCCUUUCUUUCUCUUUCCUAUAAUGGUCUUUGAAAACUGUUGGUUCUGCAUUUGCUUUGCUUAGUCCAGGGUGUAGAUCUUGUUGCCAUGAGUAGGGCACACAGUUUAAAAUGUUCUCUGACAAACUAAACUUUGUCUUUUUAGUAGUAAUAAGUCACCCUUACAGGUGAAUUUCUAUCCCUUCACUCCUAUUUUCCCGGAAGUUGUAUCUCUUCUCCCAGGUAGUAGAAGGAAAUGAACCCUGCUCUUCAGUGUCAGUGUGGACUUUUGGGUAAGCCUUCCAUGAGUUUCCCCCAACUCAGUUGUGUUGUGUUGUUUUAUUCAGUGCUAGGAGCCAGACCUAGGGACCUGUGCAUGCUGGGAAAGCACUGUACCCCUGAGCUACCUUUCCUUUCUUCCCCUGGUGCUCUCUCUUUAAAGAAAAAAUAAUAAUAAUAGGUAUCAAUUUAUUAAAAGGAAAAGAGCUCACUGUUGGAAAACAUAGGGAAGCUACAAGAGGAAUCCUAGAGAGCUGAAAUACCAAUGCUCCAGUUUAUUUGAAGCAAUUCCUUCUUUAGUUAUUAAAAAAGAGAUGAGCCUGUGUGGAUGAGGAACCUCUUAAUGGGACACACUGUGGAAUAACCGCAGGCUUGGUAUUUGUCUCUAUUUGGAUGGCAGCUUGAAAAGGGCUCCACACUCCCUUCAAAAUCUCCACAUUCACUAGAACAAGACUACCAUGUCAAUAAAUAUUCCUUACUUGUCCAGUUACAAAGUCCAACAAGAUCCAUAAAGUAUUCUAAACAGUGAAACUGUUUAGGAAAGCAGUUUCUUUAGACAACAACAAACCUUUUUUUAAGGCAAGUUUAUAGAAAUGACAUGAUAGAACCAGAACCCUUCAGGAACUCUCCACUGACGAUUUUAUUUAAGAACCAAGCAGAAGAAACGUAUCUUGUAAAAAGCCACCUCCGGACCAGAAAAGAACAGCAGUGGAAGAUGCUGAGCCCGGCUUGCUUUGUAGUCUUUUGUUGGCUCGGUUUCCAGCUGCUCUCCUCCAUCUCUAGUGAUGCUUAUGUUUAACUUCCCGACACUAACCCAGUUCUAGUUUCAGGAAAACCUCCUUGUGUGUGUUUCAUCUUACAUAUCUGUGUAUUAGGACAUUGGUAUUUUUGUCUUCUUCUUCCUUGGCAGAGCCACACUAUCAGAGGUUCACCUGAGGUGGUAAUGGUUGUGGGUGCUCUAUUGUUAACAGGUCCCAGCAGUUCCAAGAUUACCUCCUCCUUCCUGUACCAUGGCUCAUUAAUAAUGGUUCAGAGUGUGCAUCCACACAGAUGGGGGUGAUUGCGGAUGUAUUUCUGUCCAGAAAAUCUCUGUGAAGAUGUUUUGUGGUCACCAUUUUUACCUAUCCCAUAUGAAACUGAACUUGAUUCCUUUUCAUCUCCCCCAUAAUUAGACUGUCAAGCUUCUUCCUGAUCCUUAUUGGCACCCACUCAGUGAGAGGCACACACAUCCCCAUCACUACGGUAAAGAGAGGCAGUAGCCUGGACCUCCCUUCCAGGCCUUGGAAACAGGAAUAGAUAAGAGUUAAUCCAUGCCUGGCCUUCAGCAGCACCAAACCACUCUUCUGGACCCUUUCGUCCUGAGGUCUGCGUUCUCCUGAAUUGUCAUAUGGCCAAGGUGGCAGGGCUGGGCUGGUAGCCACUAGGAAAGAACACAGGUUCAGACAAGGUAGAAUGAGGUUCAGAGGGUCACAGCUCCAUUUAAAUUGCUGAAACCCAGCAUGAGCUAAUUCAGCUUGCUCAGCAUCCACCAGACUCUGUACAGAGACUGAAAGAAAAGGCAGAUCAGUGAAAGGACAACACAAACUUCAUUCAUCUCCAUAUAAGGACCACGCCUGAUUUCAAAAGGCUGGCCGUAAGGCACCACCUCCAGGAACAGACUAAGACAUAAAACACCCGCUCCAGGAACAAACCGUAACAUCCAGAAACAAGGUCAUAAAACCCAAAGAACAACCUGGGGAUAACCACAAAAAUGGAGAAACAUCUCAAAAUGGGAUAGCUGUGCUGGGCAGCCCUAUCUCAUCCUGUGGUUAAACGUUCAUGACACAGGAUUGCAGACCACUGACCACUUGUGACCUUCUAGCACCCACCAAUUAAAUUUUAGAUUACCUAAUCCUUCUAGAAAAUUCCCUGGGUUCCCUUUAAGAAGGCCUGUGUGCCUUUGUCAAUAAAGAGUUGACCCCCCGAAUGCUGGAUGUUUGUGCAGAAUAAAUGCUCUUUGUCUUUG